UCCCUGGAGUGACUCAGCAUCUCAAACUCGCACCCUUAGCAUCUCUCACUCAAUAGUUUUUGAAUGAAUGACAGGGCGCCCGUAAUGGCCAGGGCACCUUCUUUACUACCUCUGCACCCCCACCCCUCCCUGCGUUCCCUCCUUCUCUCUCCGGUGCCCUCCUCCCUGCUCCCCACAAACCCAGCAACUGGGACAGAUUCCUCUGGCUUUGGAAAGAGGGCUGCUUGUCUUUGUCUCAUCACCCCCAACUCCAGCCGCUACACACUCAGAUAUCUCUCCUGGUGGUUACCUUGCUUCCGGAAAAAAGAAAAGGAAAUUUUAAAAGGUCAGCUCAUCUCAAAAGGCUGUCUGCAGCGGUGAGAUUUUAAAACUGUCUGUGUAUUCUGCCUAGUAACUGGUGAUCGCUCACCAGAGAUCUCAGGGAUACUAUUGGCUGGGCCCAUCCACAGUCGGCCAAUCCUGGACUCUAGACAAUUCAUUGAGAUCUUGGGACUCUGCGGUCAGAGUGGACCUAGUCUCAGGUCCUGCCGCUGGGCACUCCGCGAGUAAUGGAAGGCGAAGGUAAAUUUUUUUGUUUUUUGUUUUUUCUUCUCCGGUUUCAGGGCGGUUUGUUCUCUGUUUGUGACUAUGAGAUUAGACAGAAGACGGACCACAGGAAAAUCAUCAGUUAGUUGAGCGUCAGAGGAGAAAAGAGAACGCAGAAGUUAAUUCUAGAAGGGGACGUCUAAUGAGCCCAUCCGUCGGGAGAUACCUGAACCCGGAGACAGCGUGGGGCGCGCUGACGAUCCCCCCGCGGUUACAGGAAAGCUGGACUUGGAUCGGAGCUGGGGCGCCGUCUCCUCGGCCGAUCUCUCCACGUCUGGUGCCCCCAGGCCUCCGGUCGGGCGCUGACCCCCCCCCCGGGUGCCUGGUCGGCGGCGCUGAUGGAGCCCGCGGCCGCCCCCCGCUGCCGCGCGCGGGGCUCGCUCCUCUUCUUGGCGCUCCUCUGCGGGUGUGCCCUGCUCUCAGCCCAGUUUACUGUCGUGGGUCCAGCUGACCCAGUCCUGGCCAUGGUGGGAGAAGACACCACGUUUCACUGCCACCUGUCCCCCGAGAAGAACGCUGAGGACAUGGAAGUGCGGUGGUUCCGGACUCACUUCUCACGGGCAGUGCUCGUGUACAAGGGUGGACGAGAGAGAACCGAGGAACAGCUGGAGGAGUUCCGAGGAAGGACGACCUUUGUGAGCGACGGCAUCAAACAGGGGAGCGUGGCACUCGUCAUACACAACGUCACAGCGCACGAGAAUGGCAUCUACCACUGUUACUUCCAAGAAGGCAGGUCCUACGAUGAGGCCAUCAUGCGGCUGAUGGUUGCAGGCCUGGGCUCCAAGCCCCUCAUUGAAAUGAAGGGCCAUGAGGACGGGGGCAUCCGGCUGGAGUGCACAUCCGUAGGGUGGUACCCAGAGCCCCACGCAGUGUGGAGGGACCCUUACGGUGAGAUCAUGCCCGCCCUGGAGGAGGCUUACACCGUGGACGCCGACGGCCUCUUCACGGUCACCGUGGCCGUGAUCAUCAGGGACUGCUCUGUGAGGAACGCGUCCUGCUCCAUCAACAACACCCUGCUUGGCCAGGAGAAGGAAACUGUGAUUUUCAUUCCAGAAUCCUUGCCCCCCAGCACACUCCCCUGGAUGGCGGGCCUCGCUGCCCUCCCGCCUUCUCUGCUGCUCCUCGUCGCUGGAGUCCUCUGUCUCGCCAGGAAGGGCCACCGGGAAAAAGAGGUUGAGAAUGAAGAGAGAGAAACCGCGUGUCAGGAACUGGGGAAAGAAGAUGUGGAAAAAGAGAAAGAACGUGAGAUCAGAGAGCAACUUCAAGAAGAACUGCGAUGGAGGAGAACCCUGCUACAUGCCGCUGACGUGGUCCUAGACCCAGACACGGCACAUCCUGAGCUGUUCCUGACAGAGGACCGGAGAGGCGUGAGGCGAGGCCCCUCCAGGCAGAGUGUGCCUGACAACCCCGAGAGGUUCGACUGCCGGCCCUGUGUCCUGGGCCUGGAGAGCUUCUCCUCAGGGAGGCACUACUGGGAGGUGGAGGUCGAAAACGUGAUGGUGUGGGCUCUGGGGCUUUGUAGAGACAAUGUCGAGAGGAAAGGAGAGGCCUUACUGGUUCCUCGGAAUGGCUUCUGGACCCUGGAGAUGUUUGGAAACCAAUACCGGGUCCUGUCUUCCCCCGAGAAGAUCCUCCCCCUGAAAGAGCGCCUUCGCCGUGUGGGCAUCUUUCUGGACUACGAAGCUGGAGAUAUCUCCUUCUAUAACAUGAGGGACCGGUCACACAUCUACACGUGUCCCCGCUCACCCUUCUCUGGGCCCUUGAGACCCUUCUUCAGGCUGGGGUCUGAUGACAGCCCCCUCUUCAUCUGCCCAGCCUUCACAGGGGCCCGGGGGGUCGCGGUGCCCGAGGGCGGCCUGAUCCUUCACAGGACGGGGACCCAGCGCAGCCACCAGGGUCAGUUCCCUGGUCUCAGAGCCAAGUAGAGGGCCCUGGCACCCCUGGCAGGAAACGGGUCAUGUCAAGAACCGCCUCCAGAGGCCGCCUGGACACCCUCUUCAGGCCCAGCCCUGCCUGGCCCUCAUCAGGCUGUUGCUUUCCCCAUUCAUUUGCUGGUGACCACGGGGGCACGGGCCGGUCUCGGAGCCGUGCUGCCACACGGCUCCCAACCUGGAAGAAAGCAGGAGACAGUGACGGGUUUUAACAUCAGCGUGACACAGUCAGCCUGAUGCCCGGGCACCAGGCUCUGUGGACUCGGGGUGAGGGACACAGGACCCACUGUAAGGGGAGGGAAACCAAACCAGGAGGUCAGGGACGGGGAAGCCAAGCCUGGGGGGGUGGGCGGGGACAAGGGCCUGGGUGCUGUCCAGCCUCAGUUACAGCUAUGGGGGCUGGAGAGCUGGUGGUCCCAUUUCUAUCCCUCCUCCCCACCCCCCACCCGGAGAUUUCCAGAUUGCACUCCUAGCCUAGAACUGAGCUGAAGAAAGAUGAAAAAUGAAGACCCAUGUUGGCCUGGCUCCGGUGUCCCCUCAAUAAACUGGGAGUCAGUACUCAGUGACUGAGUAUGGCUUAAGGGUUAAGGUCGCAGCUGAGCUGGUGAGAACUGCCCCGAGUGGAUCGCAAGGUUCAGGUUCAGUGGGCAAAGCAGCAGUUUCCAACGUUUUGACCUCAGGCCACUUAAGUAAGAUACCUCAAAAAUUAUUGAGGACCCCAAAGAGUCUUGCUCACUUGGGUUAUAUCUGUGAACAUUUAUGGCAUUGAAGGUUGAAACUGAAACAUUUAAAAACUGUAUUUAUAAUUUAUAUGAAAAUAGCAAUAAUAAACCAACGAUAAGUUAAUAGGAAAAACAUGUUUUAUGAAAAAUCACUUGUUUCCAAAGCAAAAUAAAUGUUAUUGAGAAAUGUGGCAUUCUUUAAGGUUUCUGUAAGUCUAAUGUCUGGCUUCUCCUAAAAGAUGGGCUGCACCUUCACAUCUGCUGCUGUACUCAGUGUUGGAGUAUCACAAGUCAUGUCAUCUUGAAAACUUUGAGAGAUUGAGAGCAAAAACAUUAUAUUAUUAUUAUUAUUACUACUAAUGGGGUCUUGGAGUGGUGGCGGUCUGGAGCUGAUGGCUAAGAAAGAAUUCUUGACACGUCUUCGGUGCAAAAAGGUGAUUUUAUUAAGGCACGGGGACGGGACCCGUGGGCAGGAAGAGAGGCACUGGGGUCGUGAGGAGUGACUGGUCAUAUACUAGGGACUUGGGGGAGGUCAAGGUAAAAGGCAGGGAGGCCCCCAGAAGGACUUUCAAAGACUAUAGGGGGCGCUUAAGAUACCGGAGCCCUGGCCACGGUCAAGCUAAGGUUGUUGUCCCUCUAGUAAGGGGUUAACAUUAAGAGGGGAGGGGGUUCCUGGAGAAACGUCAUACUCUGUCUUUGCCUCAAGUACUUGUCAGUGGGCCGCAGGUUACACAGAAAUUCAAUGUUCUUUACCAUUUCCUUCUUGCCUUUAUUCCCCACAUCGCUAGGGAGGGGAAGGUCAUGUUGGGGCUCUGGGAAACUGAAAAUAUAAGUUUCUGAAGAUUA